AGAUAGGAGGGCUCUUCCUGAGUUGAGCUGUUUGCUGUGUGGGUCUACUCUCUGCUCUCUGCGCUCCCCAAACUAUGGACUAACACAUAUUUCUCUUUAGGAGCAUUUGAGCCACGUUGGAGCUUUAAGUUUCUGCAUGUUUUUGCAGCUGAACGUGACACAGAACUCAAGAAGGAAAAGCUGACAGAAAGAUGAGUGACCAGGAAAGCAGCACCUCGGCCUCUCAGACAGAGGGAGAGGUCGAUGGAGAGAUGGAUGAAGAGAUGGAGAGUGAAGGACAAAGAAACGGUCCGGUCCCCAGUCUGUCCAACUUCUCCUCGUCUCUGCGCGCCGUCAUACGCAUCAAACAGAAGUACCAGGCCAUGAAGAAGAGGCGUCAGGAGUUGGCCGUGGGGCUGGGAGGAGCUGGGACCCUCACCGGAGCACCGCUGAGAACCAGCCCCAAAAUCUUCACCUUCGACGGAGAUCCCCUCGCCACCUACUCCACCCACUCCACCCUGUCGUCCGCCGCCCCUCAGAGGAAGAAGAGGAGGAGGAGGAAGCGGGUGAUGUUUCCCAACAGAGGGAGGCGGCGGGCCCCUCCAAAGCAGGAGCAAAGCCGAGCCAAGUACUGCCUCUACCUGCUCUUCGCCAUCGUCUUCAUCCAGGUGUACAACGCCAUAGAGAACCUAGACGACCACGUUCUCAGGUAUGACCUGGAGGGGCUGGAGAAGACUCUGAGGAGAGAGGUGUUUGGACAGCAGGGGGCUGUGGAGGGUCUCCUGUCCCACCUGAAGGACUACCUGUCAACCUACGUCCACAACAAACCCCUGGUGGUGUCCGUGCACGGCCCCAGCGGCGUGGGCAAGAGCCACCUGGGACGCCUCCUGGCCGGACACUUCCGCUCCGUGGUGGGGGAGACACUGGUGCUGCAGUACUACGUUCUCCACCACUGCCCCCAGGAGGCCGACGCCCUGCAGUGCGCCCGCGACCUCUCCGCUGUCAUCUCGGAGAUGGUGGAGCGGGCCGAGGAAGAGGAGAAGAUCCCGCUCUUCAUCUUCGACGAGGCCGAGCACAUGCACGACGAGAUCCUGGACGCGCUGCAGCAGCUCAUGGCCACCAAGCAGUCCAACGAGUACCUGAACGCCAUCUACCUGUUCCUGAGCAACCUGGGUCACGCGCACAUCACCAAACACAUGCUGCACAACUCCUCGAGUAUCUCCACUGCAUCCGGUCGUCAUAGUAACCUGGUAAAAGAGCUGACUCCGAUAUUACGCAACACUCUGGAGAAGCUCCACUCACUGUGGACAGAGGCGGACCUCUUACCACUGGGCCUUUUGGAGAAAGGUCACGUGAUGGAGUGCUUCCUGGACGAAAUGACUCGAGAGGGGUUCUACCCGGAUCAUACCAACAUAGAGCGCCUGGCGGGGGAGAUAACAUAUUAUCCCGAGGUGGGGGGGCAUGAGUACUCCCAGACAGGCUGCAAGCAAGUGGUGGCAAAGGUCAACCUGCUGUGAAGUCCUCCACAGAAGUGUUUGGAUGUUUCACAUUCUUUAAAGCAUGAAGUAACAUGUGACAGAAAGGAGAAGUCGGCAAAGUGACGAAACUUGAAUGACAAAACUCGGAGCCAAAGCUUUCAAGAGCCGUUUUUAAAGAAGUGGAAACAGAAAGACAAAGGACGCUGAAGACGUUUGGCUCUGCUGUGAGAAAUCUGAAUCCUGUGAAGAGGUUUGGAAACGCCCAGUCACACAAACAGGCCUUAAAGGGUCAGUUCACCCAAAUUAUAAACAACUCAGUGGUGUCCAGCCUGCAGAUAGUUUUUAUGUGACUAGAUUUUAAGAUGUGCGCCUUCAUUAAAAUACAGCGGAGAUAAAUGGAUUGUUUAUGGUGCAAAGUUUUUCUAGGGAUUAUUUUCUUCAAUAGAAAAUACUGUUCAAAUGUUGAUUUUCCAGCGUUACAGGGACGUUGUUUUGUAAAAGACUCACUGCGAUUGAUUGUUAGCCAUGCUAGCUGCAGGGCUCUCGGGAUGGCGAUGACGUUUAAUCUACCAGUUUAGUUCAGACUGAAAUAUAUCAGACAAUCAUGGUUCCUGGAGGAUAGAUCCUAAUUUUUUUGAUGAUCAUCUUAAGUUUUUAUCGAGCACUACCACGAGGUUGACAGUUGUGGUUUUAAGUGUCAUGUCUCAGCAACAAUUGGAUGAAUUGUUACAAAAUUUUGUGCAGUCAUUCAUGUUCCUCAGAGGAUGAAUCCAACUGAUGUUGGUGAUCCUCUGACUUUUUCAUCUGGUGCCACCAUGACAUUUGCACUUGUUAUUUUGAGCACAGUAUGUCAGCAACAAUAGAAUGUAUUGCCAUGAAAUUUGAGUCAGACAUUCAUGGUUCCCGGAGGAUGAAUCAUAAUGAUUUUGGUAUUUAUCCAACACUACCUUGAGGUUGACGGUUGUGGUUUUGAGCAAUAUAUCUCAGCAGCAAUUGGGUGAAUUACCUUGAAAUUUGGUACAAAUACUCAAGGUCCUCAGAGGAUGAACCCUUAUGACUUCACUCAUCCCCUGACUAUUCAUCGGGGGAUAUAUCCUAAUGAUUUUAAUGAUCAACAAAGUUUUCAUGUAGCGCGACCAUGAGGUAGACAGUUGUGGUUUUGGGUGAAAUAUCUAGGCAACAGUUGGAUGGAUUGUCUUGAAAUUUUGUGCAGUAAUUCAUGUCCCCCGAGGAUGAAUCUUACUGACUUUGAUUAUCUUCUGACUUUUCAUCUAGCACCACCAUGAGGUUUACUUUUGUUGUUUUGAGCAAAAUAUCUCAGUAACAAUUUGAUGGAUUGCCUUGAAAUUUUCUUCACUCAGUGUUCCCAGAGGAUGAAUCCCUAUGAUUUUGGUAGUCAUCCAACUUUUCAUCCAGGGCCACUAUGCUGUUCUUGUUUUUGGCUUUAGGCUAAAUAUCUCCGCAACAAUUGAAAUUUGGUACAAAUAUUGAAGGUCCUCAGAGGAUGAAUCCUUAUAACUUUACUGAUCGCUUGACUUACAUUUAUGAGUCUGAGUGUUCUUUCAGUCCUAAAAGCAAGUUUACAUUUUUGAUUGUGAGAGAAUAAUUGGAUGUAUUGUAAUGAAACAUGGUUCAGACAUUGAUGUUCCCCUCAGGAUGAAUCGUAAUAACUUUGAUGAUCAUUUAACUUUUCACCAGGUCACAUUUUAACUUGUCCAACACUUUGAAGUAGCUGCAGAUCUAAAGAUGUUUCUAUCAUCCUCAACUGUAUGUUGAGUGCUAAUUAGCAAAUGUUAGCAUGCUGAUAUGCUGAACUAAGCUGCUGUACAUGCUAAACCUGCUAAACCUCAACAUGUAGCAUUGUUAUUUCAGCAUGUUAGCUUGCAGAUGUUAGCAUUUAGCUCAAAGCAGAGUACAGCCAUGCAAAGCCACUAAUUCCAUGCACCUCCACUGUAUCAAUAUGAAGGCAGCUAUCUCAGAGAUUAAUAUAUAAACACCUGAACAAAUAAAAACAAAACUAUCUGUGCGGCUAACACGCUGCAGGCUAAUGGAGAAUAUGUGUGUUUUUCUGAUUUUGGUGAACUGACCCUUUAACCCCUUUGUAUGUCAUAACUACUCUACAUGAGGCAGCUCAAGCAGACAUAGUAGGAAAUGAGUCAGACCGAUAUUCACUGAAGGGGAAGUUCAGAUAUUUAUGAUGCAUGAGCUACAAAUAUUUUAAGAUGAUUUAAUUGUGUCAGAAAUGUCAAAUGUGAUGCAGCAUGACUUCUAUUAAUGCUAGUGCAAGUGUCUGCGAUGUAAAAGCCUGUGGCUUUACUUAAAAAAUAUUCUGUAAUAAUAUCUAAGUAACUGAUUUUGCCUCGGAGCUGCAGAUUUAAAGUGUCAGGGUGAAUAUUUCCUGCACAUAAAGCUUCUCUUCUCUUUGUUUGAGAGCACAUAGUCCCUGAAAGGCUGAUUUAUCAUUAAAGAAAAAUAACUUUGCAUGGAUAAACAAGUUUACUACCAGAGAAGUGCACCGAAAGACUUGGACUAGCAAUUUUCAACUAUUCAAUUUGUCUUUGAGCUGAAGAGAUUUAUUAAGUCGGGAAUAUGUUAACGUUCUGUAUGGAGGUAUUUUACAGUCCAGAUAUGUUUAAUAUAAACUUUAAUGUGUUGUGAGGGUCUUGAAAUUAAAGACACUGUUUAAACACAGCUGCAAAA